CAAGCGAGCUGUGCGGUGGUCAAUCAAAGUGACUUUCAUUCAGUCGACGGAGCUUGAUGCGCGAAAGGUAGUCUGCACUAGUUGAUGUACCGUCUUUGUCAUUCGCGGUGUAGUUUAUCCAAAACGAUUGUCUUCAGUUAGAAAGUAUAAAUUAACAAAUAAUAGAGAAAUGGCCAGUAUCGAUACAACCAUACUACCGUUUGAAGAGAAGACCCUAUAUGUGCCGCCACUAGAAGAAGUAUGCAAAGUUGUGGCUGCUGGACUUAAGUCUAAUUUUGAAACAGUUCAGGUUGAGGUGGUAGACUGUCCGAACCUCACUCAACACCCGUUCCACCUCGCAGGGCAAGGUCUCAAUGGCAGCCCAACUCUUCUGGAACUAGGUGGCCCACCGUAUCUACUUCCUGAUGUGGACUACACCAAACUGUACGAUCUGGUGUCUAUUUCCGAGCAAGCCCUUAAUGUUAAGAAAAAAGAGUUCCUCGCGAUAGGAGCCGGAGCGGGCCCGUAUCCAUUAGUCGACUCCAACUGCGAAGGCAUGUAUAACCUCAAAGUACAUGCUAAUGGUCACGUGCUCAGUGAAAGUCACCUGGCACGAGUUUCACCUGAUAGAAAAAGGGUUAUUCUGGAGAAGAUACCCAACACAGAAACGCGCUGUGCUCUACUGGCUAACAUUUUCCUCAGUGAAGGCAAACCUGGAAAAGUUCUCAAAGUCAGCUGCAAAAAACGAACUGGCAAGAAAGAUUUUAUCGCCAGCAUCCGCACUACGCUGGAACAGCACUACAAAGAACGCGCGGUUGGCAUGGGAGGUGUGUUCCUGUUGAAAAACGGAAAAGCCAAACAGCAUGUGAUGUCGCCAUUUUCGGAGACUCCCAUAUACACGGAGGAUGAGCUGAACACCUGGCUGAAUUUCUUCGACAUGUCUGCAACAUUGAUUGCAGUCGGCACUCUCGUUACAAACGAAUGUGAUCUGGACCUGCGAUUGCAACACUUCCACAGUUUCUCGAGGCACGGAGAAGGCGGCCACUAUCACAUUGAUACGACCCCGGACACGGUCGAAUACGAAGGCUAUUUCAAUUUGGGAGAAAAAAUCGUACGGGUCGACAAACCAAUCAACACUCACAAAUUCGGACGUGAUUGAUGAUACGGUGUACGGCAUCACUCACUUUUCAAAUACGAAGACAGAAUCCAAUAAAAAAUGUGACGUAAAGGGCGGAGGUCAACAGCAAUUAAAUGCCUGAUUAAUGUUGUUUUUGAACAAGAGAUAA